AUGGCUGCUUCUGGGCGUCCGGUCCAGAAUCUUUGCGAUGAAGCCACUUGCCCCAUCUGCCUGGAAUAUUUUAAGGAUCCAGUGAUCAUCGCAGAGUGUGGGCACAACUUCUGCCGAUCCUGCUUGAUCCAGUGCUGGGGGGAAUCAGAGGCAGAGGCUUCCUGCCCUCAGUGCAGACAGAGAGUCCAGAGGAGGAGCCUCAUCCCCAACCGGCAACUGGCAAACUUUGUAGAAUUAAUCAAGAAUCUCAGCCUUCAAGAGGGAAAGGAGGAAGGAGGGAAAGGAGGAGUCUGCGAGAAGCACCAGGAGCCCCUGAAGCUCUUCUGCAAAGUCCAUGAAGCCCCCAUCUGCCUGGUGUGUGACAAAUCAAAGGAACAUGAAAAUCACAAGGUGAUUCCUCUGGAAGAGGCUUUGGAGGAAUACAAGGUAGGAGAUCCCUGGAUCUUGAGGGGGAGAAAUAGCUGUGGAUUCAGGUCCGAAGUAGGCAUGGCAUUAAUUGGUUGUUUCUCACAUUAAAAGCAGCCAAGGGCAAACCUGAGGUCUGGGAGGAGGAAGUUGAAGUCUUUCUCUCUGCCAGGGGGACAAAGGGAUCUUCCCUUGAAAUACUCACAACAGCUUCAACUAUUUGAACUGGGACUGUGGGAGGGAGAGAAAGGGUUAACCUCAUUCACAUCCCCCAGCAGGUUGCUUUGUACAUAUGAAGAACACUGCAAGUGUAAAUUGCAUGUACACAACUAACUACAAGUCUCUUUUGGCUAGCAGGAUGCGUCCUCAAUGCCCUGCAAAGCAGAGAGCAGCAAGGGAUGAGCUGGGGGGGGGGGACUGGUGGCCAGGAAUUGACCACAUAGUGCAGGAUCCCUGCCCCGCAAGUAUCUGUUGGACGCAGAUUUAGGAGUGGGGGCGGAGUGGAAGCACCUACUGGUGAGGAGCAGGCUUAUUCUGGGGGUGCUGUGGGGCCUGUGCAAUGAGGUUUCAGUGGGGGAGGGGUGUCUGCUGAGGAUCUCCUCCCAUCCCAAAUGGCAAAGGACUUGGUGAUUCCAGAGUAGCAUCUGCAAAGACAAGGGGGGAAGAUGACUUUGCCAUGACAACUCAGAAUUGGACCUGUGCUAUUAUAUAAAAAAAGAUAAGAUUCUCAUUCUGCUUCAGAAGAAACUUUAUAAAAUGCCUUUUAAUCCAUUUUAAAAUCAUUCACUUCUUCUACUACAGUGGUGCAAAAAUGCUCCUGUGCCAUGCAAUGCUAAAAAUGCCACAAAAUAGUAAUGAUAAUGAAAUGAAGCUGCCCCUUUGAACUGGUGGGAUGACCAGACUGCAAUCUUCUGACCGAAGGAGCUACUUAGGUGGAUUCUGGCCCAGGAAGAACUUCUUUGGCCCAGAAAUGGAAGAAGCUCUUAAAUCUCCCCUGGUGGUCCAAGCACACGUGGGCUCUGGCUACUGCAGAGAAAAGAACUGAGAAGUAGCAGAAAACCUGAAUUGCCAUCUGACCCAAUUAAGUGGCAGAGCAGUGGGGCCAAGAGGAAGGGUGGAAAAGCCCUAGGCUUGCAGAAGAGGGGUUUGGAAUGGGUGAAGUUUUGAGAAGCGCUGCUCUAUCCCUGUCUCUCUAGCCUCUUGGGCUGCCUUUGCUCUUCUCCAGACUAGUUUGUUGCGCUAGAAAACUUUCCCAUCCCAGUUCCGCAGUGGUUUUCAGCCAGUGUGCUGUGGCACCUGGGGUGCCUUGAAUGAUGCUCAGGGGUGCUGCUGGCAACACUGGCCUCUGUCCCUCUUUCCUUACCUCCCUCCUGGGAUCUGCCAAAGGCUUGCGCAGCUCUUUGUUGCAGCAGCCCUGGCUACAAGCUCCGUUGGCGAAUGGUGCCUCUGGGGCUGGCCAGGGGGUGUGGGCUGCCAGGAGCUGAGGCGACCUCGGAGGAAGCAAGGAAACUGGCGAGGGACCCUUGCUGUUGGGAAGGGACAGACAAGUCCCAGGCUCCUGUGGGGCAGCGUGAGGAGGCACCUCUCUUUGGGGCAGCUCAGAGACCCAGAGGAGGACUCCUAAGGAGAGGGGAGAGGAGGCUGAGAGAGCCCUCCGCAAGGAAGGGUGUUCAAGAAAGGGUGAGGGGCUGCAAGCAAGGGGGGGACCCAACUGGGAUCCUGAGCCCCACAGGGACACCGCAGAAAGAAGGUAGUUGGACGAGGGAGUCAUGCACCCAAAAAGGUUGAAAACCUCUAGACUCUUAUUUCCUCCAGUAAACUACCUUGCUAUUAUAGCAAGGCCAUCGGGCCCAAGAAGCCAGUGUAAUAUUCAUCUCUCUGUGCGUCUCUUUCAAACAUGAGUUUUCCCUUUUUCUUUUCAGGGAGAGAUCUGUCGCCACCUGGAGAUUCUGAGGAAAGAGAGAGAGGAAAUUCUGGCCCAUCAAGCAGCCCUGGACAAGGAAAGCAAAGACCUCCUGGUAAGUGCCACUCUUAUCACUAGGGUGGGAACAAGCACUUGAAGAAUUGAGUCAGGACUGAGGAGGGGUGGGGAAAUCUGCCCAUUUCAGCUUUUCCCCAUUUCUCCUUUUUCCAUAUCAGUCUGUUUAUUCAUUUAUUAUUCUGAAAAUGAAUCAGAUGUUCCUUGUAUAAAUAUUUUUAUAUGUACUUUACCCUCAUAAAUCCAUUUUUUGUGAACAUUACCUGGCUGGGUCAACCUUGAACAAUUUACAGGUGUGAAUUUCAAAGGAUUGCUCUGUUUUGGUCUCCAUACUUUUUCAGCAAUAGCAAAUUAGGUAAAUUCACUUUUGAAUGCAGCUAAUUUGAGUUUAUUUUCCAUUGUUGUUUAUUAUAUGAAUAGCAGUGAAGGAGAAGCCUGAGGACUUGUGAGCUGAGAGGGUGGAAGUAGUUCAGUUCAAAUCCUGAUUUACCAUCAAUAUUACUAAAGAGUUGUCUUUCUAUAUGUACAUUUUUACAUCCCACUUAUCCAUGGCUAGGGAAAAAAUGCUCCUUCCUUUAGGCUGUAGCCCUCUGCAAAAUAGAAAUCAACAGAAACAGCAAUGGAGAGGGCCUCCCCUCAAAAUAAAGGUUUACUUCUUUAGUAACUGGUGGUUGGUUUCAUGUCUAUUAAAAAUCAGAAGUGUCCUCCCUGUAGAAUUCUCACAAUUCUCUUCCUGAUGUUUUGAAGGCUGAUCACCUUCCACACUCAGACCUCCUCUUUUCUUGCAGAAAUUAACAGAAACGGAGAGGCUGAAGACUGUGGAGAAGUUCAGAGAACUGCGCCAGUUCCUGGAAGAACAAGAAAAACGUCUGCUGACUCGCAUGGAAGAGGUGGAGAAGGAGAUUGCAGGGAGAAGGGAUGAGCAGCUGGCCAGACUCUCCAGGAAACUCUCCUCUCUUGAGAGGAUCAUCCAGGAGAUGGAGGAGAAGCGUCAGCAGCCAGCGAGUGAACUCCUGCAGGUAAGAUGGUGGCAGGAACAGCCCAAGGCUCCAGGAAAAGGCUGCCCCUUUCAUGUAUGCAAGGAGUGCAGGGGCUGAUAUGAUGGAGCCUCUAGUCAGGUUUGUAAUGGACAGGAAGACCCAAGAGACCUGGGAUGCUUAACUCACCUGAAUGCAGAGUAGAGAUUUGUCUGUAUUCUUGAUGGAACAGGAGCUGAUCUUCUGCUCUUUGCUGAUGCUUUGUCUCUGAACACCUUUCAGCUGUGGGGGGCUUCGUCUAGGAUGCGUUCAGGCCUCCUUCCGACAUGAGCCAGUCUCUUGACCAAGCUUCUUCUCCCGUUCCCUCCAUGAUUUCUGGGUUGAUCCCCUUCCCCAUGGAUACAGAUUGGCCCAAAAUGGUGCUCAGUCACAGUGAGCAAAGUGCAAGACAGAGGGACUCAUCCAGACUGCUGCUUGUCCCACUCCUUUCCCCCAGGAAAACCCUCUUUUUACUGCUGAAUUAGAGUAAACAUCAGCCAGGUUUUCUCUGGGUUGAUGUUUGUUUUGAUGUUGCACUGAGCAGGUUUUUCCUGAGGGAAAGUGGCAGCACAAACUUUUCUGGGCACAGGAAAAGCAGAAGUGUGGGUGACCCCAAAGAAACACUGAGCUGUUUUUUUACCCCUUUGGAGGCAUUUUAUGCUGCAGGUGCUUUUUUUUAUUUCCAGGUGGAAAAUAGAAUUUGAAAUUUGGGGACUGGGACAGUGCCGUGGCAGGAUUAUCCUUUAGGCUUACGUUUGUCUGAAUAGCACAAUGCAAAUUGGAUUAAAGUUAUUAAAAUAUGGAAAUGUGGAGAUCUUGAAAUCAGAACAGUUAAUAAUUUUACACUGGGAAAAUAAAAGCUGUGAGAAACCAAAACGGGCUGAUUCCGCCAUCCCUCACAAAAACUUGGCAUGUGCCAGGCAGACUGACAUCCGAGGGCCAGGGUCUGAGGGGGUCUUCCUUGUGUGGCCUGUGGUGUGCAGUGAAUUCUCUUCUCCUUUUCCCUCUAGGAUGUGAGAAGGACCUUGCAGAGGUAAGUGGAUCUGGCUCAUUUCCAUUAGCAUCACUCUUUGGAGCUGAGAUGCAGGAACUCAGACAUGGCCCUCCAGGGGCUGCAGGGGGGGGACUGUGGGACUCACUCCCUGCAGCACCUCACAGGUAAAAGUAGAGCCCCCUCUUCUGAACUUGUAGCCCCCAAUUCUCCCUCCAAGGAUCAAGGUCAACUGCCUCCUCCCUCUCUCCCCACAUCCCUUCACAAAGGGAUGGGGGCUCUUUUCUUUCUCUUGCACUUUCUGUCCAUGGACUUUCUGGUAAUUUCAAACAUCUAGAAGAGAAAGUGCCAAAGAUGCUUGGGAAGAGCUUAGGACAUAUUUCAAUGUCCAACUAGAAGCCCCUCAACUCUGGUAACUCAGCCCCUUUGAGGCACUGAGGGAGGGACGGUCUGUUGGUCUACAAUAGGUGGGUUCUUUUUCUUUUUCUUGGGAGCGUUUCCACCGUGAGAAGCUGAAGGUGGUCUUGAGUGGGGGGUCUAGUUGUUUCCUGCCUCUAGAGGGAGAGUCCCAUGGGGCAUGGGGUUGUGCCCUUCCUGGGUGAGAGAGGGGGUGAAGGGAGGGUGGAGGUUGCUCUCCUUGACCACUGGGCAGUUUUGGACAUCACUCACAUCCUCUGGGGAGGCUCAGGGAGGGAGGGAUUGCAGGCAUUCCACCUCAGGGGUUUGGUUCUUAAGUCCUGGGACCUUCCCAGAAAGUUGUUAUGGAGCAGCAUAGUUUGAAGCCAUGGGAGCCCUCCGGUGGUGUCGCUUGGGGUUACAUCUUGUCCCUUGUUCUGUUUAGCAUCCUUACGAAGCCACUGACAGCUGUCCUCAGGGGUUUUGGACUGAGGUCUCAUCUGUGGUAGAAAUAAACCUGUUGGGAAAUAAACUUCCACUUUGUUCAUGUUAUUGAAAUCUCCUGCAAUAAUUAGGGAGAUGGGGCCACAAUGGGGCCAUUCACUGUUUUUCUUUUCACCAGGUAUGAGAAAAGAGAGAGUCCAGAGAAGCCACUGGCUUUCCCUCCAGAACUGAGGAACAGGAUCUUGGAAUCCUGUGAUUUUGUGGAGAAUGCAAUUAAACAAUUUAAAGGUAUUGAAAACUGGCUGCCAGGCUUUCACCCUGGGAAUUCUGCUACUUCUUCAGAACUGAACAUGCCAGGCUCUUAUUGCAUGGAAUUGAGCAAUCCCAGGAUACCUUCCUUCUUGGUGCUCCAGCCUUCAUUUCCUGUUCUCCAGAAUGGCCCAUGUAUAUUGUGACGCUGGGAAAGAAAGCCUGAACCAGAGUGUAGAGCAAAGUCAGGAUUUUUUCCUCCCAUGUGCUUCUGUUUACAGUUAUACGAAACCUCCUUUUCCUUGUGGUUCCCUGUCUAUACAAUCUGAGUUUGUCCUUUUGGAGGUUCUCCUGCUCUGAAUGGGGUCAAAGGGCAUUAAGAAGCCCCCAGUUCCCCCUCUGCCUCCUGCUCAGGCUUGUUUCUCAGCCGUGGAGCCAAGGCCUGAGCCGUCUCCUCCUCAGACGUCCCCCUGCAGCUGCCAUAUCUAGGGCUUCAGCCUUCAAGAUCUCCUGAGAGUUCCCCCAUUGAGAGUGGAAGCAAGAGCACAUGAGCCCCAAAGGGCACAAUUAUGCUUGUGAAGAACCUUAAAGAUUUGUAGAAGGUUUGUGUCAGGGAACUGACAUCAGAGCAGAGGGGAGAGGCGAGGCUCCCAGAUUCUGCAGGAGAGGGAACGAGUAAGGGAAGAGAGAGAACGUCAUCUGGGGAAGGAAGUCCAGGUGACACCAGGAAGAAGGGAGAGGGAGAGCAUCUCGGAGGUGAGGCUCCGAGACUCUUCCAGUGAAGUCAGUGAGGAGGGUGGAGGACCACCACUCGGCACGCCCACUCUGCGCAGAAGGCUUCCGCGCAGAGAGGCGAGGCGAAGGUUGUCCGUUAAGGAAUUCUUAUGCUGGAGGAAAUUUAGGAGACGCCCACUCACGGAUUCUGCUAGCGACUGAGCAGCAGCGCCAAGGGCUGCUCAGUCAGGGGAAGACACAACCACCCCUAAGCAGUUUGGAACAGCUGGAGGUUUACACACAAGCAACCCCAAUUCCCUUGACAGCAAUCCGUGAGUCCUUUACGUUGCUUGUGUGCAAGAGAACCGGGGUACAGCCAUGAGUCAAACCAGAGGAGCCGGCGCAGGAGAAGGGGCCAAAGGCGGACAGAGUCUGGAGGAGAGAAACCGAGACUUGGAGCAGCAACUGGCUCUACUAGCGGCGCGGCUGGAUGAAAGGAGGACACAUGAUGCCCAGGGGAAGAUUACCCCCAUCGCAAGAAAGGUACCAGGACUUGUGCAGAAGUUUGGGGGCAACCCCAGAGAUUAUAACGCUUUUAAGACAGAAGUGCAGUAUGCGCUGGAUCUGCAGUACGAUGACUUUGCCGACGAUGGGGGAAGAGUCGCUUUCGUGGUAGGGCACCUGGAGGGGCGGGCCAGAGACUGGGUUCGACCCUUAAUGGCGGCGGAGAACGCGGCUUUGAAGGACCUGAGAAAGUUUUUUAGCGCAAUGGAUCACAUGUUCUCGAGCGAUGUUGAACAGAGUGUGACUCUCAAAGAACUGAUGGGGUGCAAACAAGGAAACCAGUCAGUGAGAGAGUACUGGUCGAGAUUUGCUAUGCUGAUCCAUAAACUUGGGUGGGAUCUGAGUUCGGAACCAGUACAAAUGUUAUUUGAGGAGGGCUUAUCCUCUUGGGUGAGAGACGAACUUUCCCGCUCACCCCGCCCGGAAUCGAUGGACCAGCUGACCAAGUUGGCGCUCGCUGUAGGAGUCCGACAAGAGACGCGCGCUCUGGAAAGGCAGGAAGGGAGAGCAGAGCGUUGGCAUGACAACCGCAUUCCAGACAUGCCAGCGUCUACUGUGCCACCCGAGGAGCCAAUGGAGAUUGGAGGAGCGCGCGUGCGCGCGCGGGUUUUCAAACUCCAGCGAGGUGCGUAAGAAGGAGGGGAAAACCAGUAAGAGGUGUUUCCUAUGCCAGCAGCCGGGACAUUUUGCCAGAGCAUGCCCUCAGAAGAAGGCGUGGCAAGGAAUGGUGGGGGCAGUGGGGAGUGAGGAGGAAAAGAAAGAGGCGCCGGGAAACGGCAGUGCUUGGCUGCAGGAAGGCGGGCACAGCAGCCAGGCGAGCAACCAGUAGAAGUGCCCAAACCAGACCCUCCCCGAGCAGCCAUCGCCAUAGAGGUGGUGCUAGAACUCCCAAACGGACACCCCAUCAAAGUGAAGGCGCUGCUGGAUUCAGGCAGCUCUUGCAACUUCUUUAGCAAGGAUUUUGCGCUAGAACACCAGCUACAGGUGGUGCCUCUAGAACAUCCCCUGCAAGUAACCACUAUUGAUGGGAGAGAACUUUUGGGAGGGGAAGUAACCCACCAGACCCCGCCCAUGAAAAUGACAGUUUCUAGACACACUGAGACAAUUGCCUUUCACGUAGCCACCUUAGCAGUACCACCUAUCAUACUGGGAAUGAGUUGGCUGGCACUGCACAACCCAGUAGUAGGGUGGCACCAGCGGACAGUCACCUUUGGGUCAGCUCACUGCGUAGAGCACUGCCACGAAGGGGAAACCCCGAGGAUGGCAGUAGCCAGGGUGCCAGGGAUGGUGGUGGGAGAAAAGGUGAGAGUACCACCUCAGUAUGCAGACCUGGAAGAAGUCUUCAGCGAGAGAGAGGCGGAUAGACUACCCCCUCACCGACCCUUUGACUGUCAGAUCAACCUACUCCCAGGGGCUCAGUUACCAGUGGGUAAGCUGUACGCCAUGUCAGACAGGGAGAUGCAGGAGUUGCGGAAGUUCAUUGACAAGAACCUGAAGAGGGGCUUUAUACGUGAAUCAAGGGCGGUGGGGGGCAGUCCAGUGUUCUUUGUGGACAAAAGAGACUCCAAAGAACCCCGCUUAGUCGUAGAUUACAGGUCCGUCAACCGGGUGUCGGAACCGGUGACCUUCCCAAUGCCCAGGAUUGAUGACAUUUUGGCCAGGGUAAGGAAAGGGAAGGUUUUUACCAAGUUGGACCUUCGAGGGGCGUACAAUUUGAUAAGGAUGAGGGAGGGGGAUGAAUGGAAAACCACGAUGUUCACCCCUCUGGGGGCCUUUGAGUAUCUCGUUAUGCCCUUCGGAUUACAAUCGGGAUCCAGCACAUUUCAAGCAUUCAUGCACCACGUGCUGGGGUCCCUGCUGUACAAGAAUUGUGUGGCCUUCCUGGACGACGUGCUUAUCUACUCAGAGAACGAGGAGCAGCAUGUGAAAGAUGUCAGGGAAGUGCUGAAAAGGCUGCAGGAGCACCAGCUGUGGGUCAAACUGGAGAAAUGCCAAUUCCAUGCCCGAGAGGUGGAGUUCCUGGGCUACAGGUUGUCAGACAAAGGUCUGGCAAUGGACCCAGGCAAGGUGCAGGCCGUGCUAGAAUGGAAGCCUCCCAAGAACAGGAAGGACGUGCAGAGGUUCUUGGGGUUUGCAAAUUUCUACAGGAAGUUCAUCAAGAACUUCGCCCAUCUAACGGCACCCAUAACGGAUUGUCUCAGCAGUAAGAAGAAGUUCGAAUGGACGGAAGAGGCCCAGCGUUCCUUUGAAAAGCUUAAGAGGGCUUUCGCGUCGGAAGAGCAGCUCCUACAUGUGGAUCUGCAGAAGCCGAUGAGGCUAGAGACGGACGCGUCAGACAGAGCUGUAGGAGGCAUAUUGCUCCAGCAGGGAAAGGGGGAGUGGAAGCCGUGUGCCUUCUUUUCCAGGAAGCUGAACAAGUCAGAGCAAAACUAUACAGUGUACAAUCGGGAACUGCUGGCAAUUCACGAGGCCUUUCGACGAUGGAGACAUUUUCUCAUAGGCGCACAGCACAAAGUCCAGGUGUGUACUGACCACAAGAACCUGGAAUAUUGGAGAACAGCGAGAGUGCUGAACCAACGACAGGUGCGGUGGGCUCAGGAGUUUUCCAAGUUUAAUUUUGAGAUUAGGUACGUGCCUGGGAAGGAAAAUGUCAGAGCAGACGCCCUCUCCCGCAAGCCCGAAUAAGAUGAAGGGGAGGGAGGGCCAGAAGCGCGUUAUGUCAUACCCGAGGACAAAUGGGUGGGGGGGGGAGUGUUCGUAGGGAGGCAAGAGCUGGCCGGUUUGACGAGGGAUGAUCAGUAUGCACAAACCAAGAUCAGGGAAAUUGGUAUUACUGGGGAAACUCGGGGGGGUUGAAGUAAAGAACGGGGCAUUGUACUAUAAGGGUGCAUUGUACAUACCUGAGGGGGAUUUGAGGAGCAGAAUACUCAAACAACUGCAUGACAACCCCACGGCAGGACAUUUUGGCCAACAUAAGACAGUGCUACUGGUCACCAGGCAGUUUUGGUGGCCACAGGUGAGGGAAGAUGUGAAAGAAUAUGUACGCGGGUGCCAGUGCUGCCAGAGAGCGAAGGGGGAGAGGACAGCACCUACGGGGUUACUGGAGCCCUUACCGACACCAGAGAGGCGGUAUCCAUUGAUUUUAUGACGGAUUUACCCAAGGCCAGGGGGGAAACGGCAGUAAUGGUGGUAGUUGACUUGAUGACCAAAAUGUGCCAUUUUAUUGCGUGCUCGCAUGCGGUGACUGCAGAAGAAACAGCAAAGCUGUUUGUAGAGCAUGUUUUCAGGUUGCAUGGCGCCCCCUUGAGGAUUUUAUCCGACAGAGGCCGGCAAUUCACGUCCAGAUUCUGGAGGAAGCUUAUGAGUCUGCUGGACGUUGAGGUUAGUUUCUCAACGGCCAGACAUCCAGAAACCAACGGACAAGCAGAGAGAGCUAACAGCAUACUUCAACAAUAUCUACGCUGCUACGUCAACGAGAGGGAGAAUGAUUGGGUGGACAAAUUAGCGCUGGCUGAGUUUGCAUACAAUAACGCAGAACAUGUGUCCACAGGGAUGAGUCCGUUUAUGGCGAAUUACGGGUGUCACCCCAGGGCUUUCCCAGGGGAAGGGGAGGGAAGUUGGAGUGUUCCCGCAGCUGAAAAAUUUGUGGAAGAGAUGGAGGCUUUACACCAACAGCUUAAGUUAAACCUGGAAAGGGCCAAGGAAGAGUACAAGAGGCAGGCAGACAAGCACCGCAGAGAGGGAGAAACCAUAAGAGUGGGGGACCAGGUGUGGUUGUCUACCAAAGGGUUACCGUUCAAAGGAGGGUGCAAGAAGCUACGGCCGAAGAGACUGGGACCGUUCGAAGUAGCCCAGCAAGUUAAUCCGGUGGCCUUUAGGCUCAAAUUGCCAUCUCACAUGAAACUGCACCCCGUGUUCCACAGGUCCUUACUCUCACCGUUCAGGGAGGGGAGGGAAUUUCUGGGUCAGCAAAGUGAAACACCCUUGCAUCCACAGAUGGAGGAAAGGGAACUCAGUGGCCAUGCAGCUGAAAUUCUCGAUUCCAGGUGGAGAGGGGGCGAGUGGAAUAUUUGGUGGCGUGGGAGGGGGAGCCAGAAGAGGAAAACGCAUGGGUCCCAGCAGAAGAGAUUAGGGAUGAGAAUCUGCAGGAGGAGUUUCAUAGCAGGUAUCCUAGAAAGCCCAAACCACCAGAGAGGUUGUGGGGGGAGCAAUUUGGCACCACCGAUGACGAGGAAGAGUUUGCGGGUUUUCCCGCCUCCGAAGAGGAGGAAGGGGAAUUGUCCGAAGAAGAAUCCGACUGGGGAGAUUGGGGAGAGAGAAGAGACAGCAGCAAAUGGAGAGGGGUGUUUGAAUCAUCAGAUGGAGGGGAGAGUUCCUUCCGGGGGUUUCCUGCAUCACCUCCGAGGAAAGGACGGGGGGGGGGGGGGAGGGCCCUGGGAGGGAGGUGGAUGUCAGGGAACUGACAUCAGAGCAGAGGGGAGAGGCAAGGCUCCCAGAUUCUGCAGGAGAGGGAACGAGUAAGGGAAGAGAGAGAACGUCAUCUGGGGAAGGAAGUCCAGGUGACACCAGGAAGAAGGGAGAGGGAGAGAGCAUCUCGGAGGUGAGGCUCCGAGACUCUUCCAGUGAAGUCAAUGAGGAGGGUGGAGGACCACCACUCGGCACGCCCACUCUGCGCAGAAGGCUUCCGCGCAGAGAGGCGAGGCGAAGGUUGUCCGUUAAGGAAUUCUUAUGCUGGAGGAAAUUUAGGAGAUGCCCACUCACGGAUUCUGCUAGCGACUGAGCAGCAGCGCCAAGGGCUGCUCAGUCAGGGGAAGACACAACCACCCCUAAGCAGUUUGGAACAGCUGGAGGUUUACACACAAGCAACCCCAAUUCCCUUGACAGUUUGUGAGGGAGGACUUUCUUUUGCCUGAGAUCUCUGCCAAUCCUUCCUCAUCGGCUUUUGCUUCUCCUUAUGUUUCAGAAUUUUAGUUUUAAUGAUCCCCCCCCCCCCCACUUUACUUGGGGAAGAUGUUAAGGCUGCCUCCAUCUCCCCUCUGCCUCCUUUUACGGGAUUCCUAUUGCUCUGCCUCCCCUCCAGUCCUCCAAUGUAGAGCCCAAUUUAGGGACAAAGUUCAGAGACCAGCAGGAUUCAUGCUGAAUGUUUUUAUUCUCUUAUUUGUAAGCUUGCUUUGUGAUUGCUGAGUUUGAAAGCUUUAGUUAUUUUCAUAGAUUCUUCCUAUGAUUUUCUUGUUUUUAAUUAUUUUUUGUACAAUUUAAUUAAUAUUUAAUAAUUGUGCUUGAAUUUAAGGAUGCCACGUUAUGAAGUGUUACUUUUGCAUGGAGAUUUAUUUCUGGUGGAAGAGUGUUGCCCUUACACUUUAUAUCUUUUUGCUUCCUCAGAUGCUCUGCUAUUCAGUGAACAGAUUCAGAAAGGUAAAUUUCCAGGGGUGGAACAAUUUCACAGGAGGGAUGGGGACUGAUAUUUCAUGGGUGUUGAACCGUCUGUUGUGCUGAUUUUCGGACCCCCAUCAAUGGCGUAGCUCUGGGAAACAGUCCUCUAGUGGUGUUUGGGUUCUUUGUCUGUCCCAUGAAUGAACUGGGAGGGAGGUUGAAGGCUUGGACUGGGGGCAGAGCUUGGCCCUGCGAAGAACCUGCACACCAGUCUGAGUUCCAUUCCUGCCUAUAGACAAUUAUCCUGGUUUUUUGUUUAAUUUUAUAAAUUUUGCUUUCUUUCAUAAAAUGUAUAUACUGCUUUGUGGUAGGGAAAAAGCCUCAGAGCCUUACAAUAUCUUACAAAAGCCCUUAAGGAGAAUCCUGCAGGGUCAGUUAAAUAGCCAUCUUGUCCAGUUCUCAUGUAUAAGGAAUCUCCCUUGCAUUUUUUUAUCCCUCAAAAAAUUCUGGAGAGGUUCUUUUGGGGCUUCUCUUGAUUUGCUUCGAUUUCUCCCUCGUGAAGUGUGUUAAAAAGGGCACCCGCAAGCACCCAGUCCCUCCUCCACCUCCUGCCAGGCUGGUCUCCCAGCAGCAGAGCCAAGGCCAGAGCCGCCUCUUCCUCAGUUUCAACCUCACCAGCCGUUUCUCGUGCUUCAGCCAUCCCCAUCUCCUCAGAGUUCCCCCAGUUCUUAGGAGAUCAGCCCCAUUCCAUGAGGGAGGACUUCCCAUUGCACGAGACCCUUGGAAGUACAGUGCAAAGCUCUGCCGAUUUUUCCUGUGCAAUUUGGUUUGUCAGCAUACUUGGAAAUUCCAGUUUCAACAGCUUUUCCCCACCAGUUUACUUGGGGCAGAUGUUAAACCUUUCUUCAUCCAUCCAGUUCAGACCCCCAUUUCAUUUGUGGAUUUUGAAUGAUUGUAUUCCACCAUUUUCUAGUAUGGUUUACCAUUUAUGAUUUUCCCAUGAAAUCAUGGAAUGGCAGAGUCUGAAAGGAUCCCAAGGAUUAUCUAGUCCAGCCCCCUGCAAUGCAGGAAUUGCAACUAAACUCGUUAGUUGUUUUAAUUCCUUAGGCCUAGUGAUAUUACAUUCUCAAGAAUUAUAUUUUGGAGAAUAAUUAACAUCACUACUUAGUCCUGCAGUUGUCUUCUUUGCAUGAUUUCACCUUUUGCUUGAAAUAAGGAAACAACAGAGGCUAUGUUAUGGUGAUGAUUUGUAAAAAAAGAUUUAUUUUUUAGCUACUGCAUUGUAGCCUGUUAAGCCUGUCUUUUUGCUUCCUCAGAUGUUCAGUCAUUCAGAAAUCUUCUGAGAGGUAAAUUUCACAUGGAGACCCCAAUUCACAGGAGGGGGCUAGUGUUUCAUGGGGGUCAAGAGUCUCUUCUGUACAGCUUGACUCUGGCCCUGCUGUUUGUACCACAAAGGCAGAGAGGGUGGACUUGAAGGUGCAGAAGGCAGGGAGAGAAACUGCCCAGAAGGAUCAGAAAAAAGAGGGAAGAGUUUCAUUCCUGCCUAGAGAGAGUUGGGUUGCUUUUCCAUGUGAGCUUUUUCUCAGACAGGUCCUCUAUUUUCAUGAUUAAAAUUUCUCCCCUGGGCGGAUUUUUAAAAUUUGGCAAAAUGUCUCAAGUUGCUUGGUUUGGUUUACAGUAACCCGUGAAAAAAUUUCUAGUGCAUUAGACUCAGAUCUAAGGCACCCAGCUAAGCUAGCUUAGAGCAGAGAAUCGCAACAGAGCAGCAUCUUAAGCUAGCCACAUCCUGUAUAAAACGCUUUUGUUGUGGCUGAACUAAAAGGACACUGGCUCAGCUACAAGAUCUUGGAGGAGGAAUCUGGGAGGGCAAGAGUUAACACCCCCCUGCCCUUAAGGAAAGUCCAUAUGUACGGCAACCCCACACUUGCCUGUCAUGACUGUCUAAGCUCCUAACUGGUAACUUUUUGAGUUAUUCCCUCUUCCCUCCAUGGAACUAGUCUUAUGUUAUAUAUUACAUCCAAAAGAGAAGCAUGGAAUAAGCUGUCCUUUGUAAAAUUGCUGUGCUACCUGCCUUUUAUUUUCCCCAGACUUCCAAGAUGGUGGGGAGGAAGGCAAAGACAGGCCAAGUGGGUGAGAGCGAUGGAGAGCAGGAAUAAACAGGCUCCCCAUUUAACACAAUUUUCACUUGUAGGCACGAGGCCCAGAACAUGACCCCCGCGAAAGUGAGGGGAGGCUUAUAUGUGGUUUUAUGUUGUAUUUUUAUGCUGUGAACCACCCUGAGACCUAUGGAUGAAGGGCAGUAUGCAAAUAUAAAAUUAUUAUUAUUAUUAGGGGGGGUGUCCUCAUAUCCCAGCCCAACCCAGAGCUCCCCAAAGGCCAAUCCCCUCUCCUGCCUCCUCCAAUUCUCCUCUCUUUCUCCUUAGAUAACACAGAAGAGAUGAGUAAAAGGUUUCCUGGGUGGUUUUUCCCCUUAGAAAAUGCCUGGUUUGAGAGGAGGGCAGGCACAAUACACAUCGGAUAUAAGAAAGUGAGGGAAACUGAUUUAAAAACCAUCAAGGAAGAUAUUUAUUCUGAUGAGAAUCUGCAAGGAGGAGUCUCAGUCUAGCAUGCGAUGCAAAGAAAUCUGAAAGGGAAUCUGGUGUUUGGGGGUGUUUUUUAUUAUCAGGAUGUCCGUUUCUGUCUCUCAGCUGACUCUGCCUAUUCUUCUCUUUCCCUCAUCUUCUCCCCAACAGCAAAUGUCACUCUGGAUCCAGACACAGCCCAUCCUGAACUCAUCCUGUCCGAGGAUAGGAAAAGUGUGAGAAGGGGAGACAAACCUCAAGCCCUGCCCAACAAUCCUGAGAGAUUCAGUUACCGGCCUUGUGUGUUGGGACGUGAGGGAUUCACAGAAGGCAGACAUUUCUGGGAAGUCACUGUGGAAAGUGGGGAAUAUUGGACUCUGGGGGUUGCCAGGAAGUCUGUGGAGAGAAAGGGCUAUUUCGACUUCAGUCCUGAGGAAGGGAUCUGGGCUGUGGGGAAGUGGGGAGGGGAGUACUUGGCCUGGACAUCCCCUGAUUACUCUCUUCUGUCCCUGAGUGAGGAGCCCAGGAGGAUCCGGGUGACUCUGGACUAUGAAGGGGGACGUGUGUCUUUUUCUGACGCUGACUCAGGAGCCGAACUCUACACGUUCUCAGGAGCCUCGUUCUCUGGAGAGACCCUCCUCCCUUUCUUUGAUCUGGGAGGAUAUGAAACCCACCUCAGUAUCUCCUGA